AUGAAUGAUGACUCUUAAAUACUAACUUAGGAGUUUUAAAUAAACUUAGACAAUUUUGAGUUAGAUUCUUACUUUGGCUAUGGUUUGUGGAGCAGAUAUGCUCCUUUAGGCAAUAUUGCUCAAGUAGGAACAAUAGGAAUAUUAGAUAGUAAUUGUUUUCAUCUUCACAAUGCUGUUUCAAAAUCAACCUAAGAUCUGAAUCUAAUUGUUUACGAUUGUCUCAACUAUGAAACUUUAACUAUAGUAAGAAAAAUUCAAUUCGUCACCAUUGAUGAGAACUGGCAUAAAAUUGAAGUAAAAUUAGAUAAUCAAAAUUUCGAAUAUGUCUGGCAUUACUUUCAAAUUACAUAGUGGCCUAAGCAGAAAAGAUUUGAAUUGUUAAUUAUCCAAUACCCUGAAGUUAAAUUAUAAUAGAUUGUAGAAGAUACAUUAUAUCCAUACAAAGACGCUGAGCUAAUCUUAACAUUUGGAGGAGGUUUAUAAAUAUAAUCAUAAAAUAUGAUCUAGAUUUUAGAUGGCAUAUCAAAAAUAUCAUUUUAUCCAGGCUCUUUCCUUUUAUAUCCAUUAUCAUUUGAUAAAUAUGAAGUUUCCACAGAUACAGCAAUAUCCACCAUUUAGUUUAAAGUUGAAUGCUAGUGCUUUUCAAAUUGGCAAACAUAUUUACAAAAUCAAGAGCUAACUUGGCUCGACAAUAUUUUAUUUACUUCUUAAAAUCCUAAUUGUAAUUCUUUUUCAUAUACAACUUGGAUCAAAAUUACAAAUGUUCACCAAACCUCAUAAGAGUUUUUAUAUCAAAUUAUAAAGUUAUCUUCUAAUUUUGAAAAUCCUUAAUUGACUGAUGAUAAUUUGGCGGCGUUCUAAUUAUUUUAUAAGUUUAUGGAAGGUAAAACAUAAUUGAUUUUCACUACUUAUAGUUAUACCUUUCCUCUUGUAUCUCUUAAUUUAUAAAAUGAUCCCUUUCUAAUCAAAAAAGAAUUUGAUCUUAUAAAUGAUAUCAAACUUUGGCAUUUUGUUUAAGUGAUAUUAAAAAAUAAUUAAUUAAACAUAUCAAUAAUUUUCUAUGGAAACUUUAUUCAUUAUGAGUACAAAUCUUUAUUAACAGUAAAUUAAUUUCAUUUGGUUAAAUUUAAAUUAUAAUAUGGGAAUUUACUAUAAACUCCUAAUAAUUAUUUAAGUGUUAAUUUUGUAGAUACAUAAUUUUACAAUUGUUUUGAAAAUAUCGUAGUACCUGAAGUACAUUGUCAUAUUAGUUGUGAAGACUGCGAUGGUCCAACAAGUACAAAUUGUUUAUCUUGUUCUAAAGCGUCAAAUCGUAUUUUUAAAUCUGAGCAAAAAUCUUGUGUCUGUCCGUAUAAUACAAUUGAUGAUUAAUAAUGCAAGGAUUUUUAAAGUUAUAAUGCUGUCCUUGUAAAGGAAAAUACAAAUGAUUAGAAAUGUUUAUAAGGAUAUUUUUAAUUUGAGGAAAAAUGCACCAAAUGUCCAUCUAUCAUAAGAAGUACGUCCAUAACAUGCUUAGAAUGUUAUUUAUAUCCUCAAACUUGGGCAAAUGAUGCCUUUUGCUAAACAAAUUCAUUUAACAAUCUUCAAGGGACAGUAACAUAGUAUUGGUAAAAUGUAUAAUAAAAUUUUAUUUAUGAUGGAAAUGACCUUUUACCAAGAUACAGUUCUUAUUCAGAAGAUCUUAAUGAAUAUCUUAAUAUUGAAUUUGAAUAAUCAUUAGCUUAAUUUAGAAACUUUUGUUUUCAAGGCAGCUCUCCUUUUGCUAUUUAGAGAGAUUAGAAUUAAUGUUAUAAUUGUGCUAUGAAAAGCUGUUUAAAUUGUUAGAUAAUUGCAUCCAAGGCCAUAUGCUUGAAAUGCGAAUUAGUUUCAGAACUUGUAGAUGGAAUUUGCAAUGAUAAACACUAACCUGGUUACACAGAGCAAAAGAUUUGCCAAACUCCUUAUUAUCGAACUUCUACUUAUGAAUGCAAAUUAUGCAGCAUUGAAAAUUGCCAGUAUUGUUUUGAGUAUUUAAGUAAUGAUUUGACUAAGUGUACUCUGUAUAAGAAUUUUUAACCCUUUGGUUUUGAUGAUUCUUAUCAUCUAGGUUGUGCAUUAUGCAAAGAUGGUUUUAUUUUUGAUUUCACUUCAGGUAUUUGUAAAUAUCAGUAACCAUAAAUCAUUAAUUGUAUAAGAUCGUAUAUCAAUUUAUAAGGAUAAGAAAUUUGCACUCUAUCAACAGAAGAUAAUUUCAAUGUUGCUCCUGAAAUUAUUAAUUGCAAUAGAUAUAUAGCUAAUUGUAAUUAGUGUUUAUAAACUCCAUAAAAAGUUAUCAAAUGUAUACUGUGUGAAGAUGGUUAUGCAACUUCUGUAAUCACAGGGUAGUGUGAUAAAUGUAAAAUUUAGUAUGCUAAAAUAUGUAUUGAAGGAGAUUUUUUCCUAAUGGAUGAAUGGGUAUAAUUGAUUUAGAGCUUUUUAAUGCAAUUCUUGCCUGAUCAGUAUCUUUAUCCAAAACCUGAAUUAGAAUUAAUGAGGAAACAAUUGCCAUUUGAAUGCUACCCAGGUUAUAAGCCUGAUCAUACAGGUUUUUGUAUCAAAUAUUGUGAUUCUGAUUGUUUGUAGUGUGUAUUGAAUUAGGAUACUCCAAAUAGCUAUUAGUGUGUUUAAUGUCCUUUAAAUUAUUAUAAGUCGCCAAUAAUUUCAUCGGAAUCAGGCAAAUGUAUGUAGUGUCCAUAAUUAUGCCAGUUAUGUUAAUCAAGAACAGAAUAAGAAAUUAAAAAUAUCAACCCUUAUUUUGUUGUGACAGAUCAAACAAUUAAAUAUACAUAUAAAUGUCUUGAAAAAGCACCAGAUGAAAAUAUAGUAAUUGAUCCUUAUAACAAUAUUGCUAAGUAUUGCGAAAAUUCAAUUUGUACAGACAAUAUUUAAUAUCAAGUAAUCAAAAUUUAUGAUCAUAGUUUGAUGUUAAUUGUGAUAAUAGUUAGUUUGUUUUCUUACAAUGGUUUCCAUAUGAUUAUUAUGGCGCAUAAAUUAAACUGGAUUAUGUUAAUUAAUUAGGUGGAAUUAGUUUGA